GCUAGAACUCCUGAAAAACAGUGCUCUUAGAAACUGUUGGUGGGUUGACACUAAUACUCCGAGUUCCAUAUCACUGGUACUGGUAUGAACCGUUAGAAUACCAUUGAAAUGAUAAUGCCUUGCCCAUGUAAGGGCAAGAAAAUGUCAUCCAUCUCGAGACGUGUCAGUGCCUGGGCUAUUCACCACUCAAAAAUGCGAUAAUGGAGGUAUUUGUUCAGCAAAUGAGAUAGUGAAUGACCACUGAACAGGGCGGUGAUUCCUCAACUGCUUUAGAGAGGGUGCGAAACGUGACCAAACCUGCGCCCUCUAUAUCGCCAGUGGACUAUGGGGUGCCAACUGCUUGUCAGCAGCACCAACAUAAAAAACAACCUGUUGUUAAUGCUGCUCAACAACAACAGGGUAUACAAAUCCGGGAGCCGGAGCACAAAGCCCUGGUCCGGUUCUUGUUUGACCAAUUGACAAGUAAACGACCCCUCACGAAUGUGUUGAGUUGCAUCCCACCUGAAUAUAAAGUGAUGCACUGUAUUCUGGAUGCAUUCAUGAUGACCAUGGCAAAGAACACGGGAGGCCCUCUAGCAGAGGAGGUUCUCUUGAUUCUCUCUUGUCUGAUUGUGGAACGCUAUCCUGUCCUGCAUAAAGACUUUGCACUUCUGAAGACCCGAUACCCGCCCAUCUUGGUGUUCAGUGCUUUACAGCUGGCUGUAUUGCUCUUCAAUAAGUUCGUCCUGGAGAAGACGACAGGUGAAGGGGAUCGCUUCCUCAUCGAGACUAGGAGCAAGGCCUUCAUCAGGGCCCUCAUCUACAUCGACUUGAAGGAGAAAUUCAAUAUGUCCCCUCCACUUCUAUUCUACGAUGAACGAAGUCGCUUCCUAAAAUGGUUUCAAAUAUUCUUCAUGCCAGAGAGGCAACAUGCCAAUCCCCAGGCUAUUGCAGCUCAUAGGAAGCAGCCUGAGUUUGCUGCAAAUGGGCAGCAACAACCUUUGCCAACACAAGCAUCUUUUGCGCGGCAAAGCACCGCAAGAGAUUUUCAGCAACGGCAGCAGCAGUCAUUGCCAACCACAGCCAUGCAGCACCUACAACCAGCUGUGCCACGACGACAGUCAAUGAUGGCUGGGACGUCAGCAUCGUUUAACGACACGGCGAAAGGCUCUAUAAUGAGAAAGAUCGAGAUCCUCAAAGUCCUCAAGCGAUCUCCCGCACCUGUAGAAACCUCGAUUGCAAACAAACGAUCCAGACUCUCCAGUAUGGGUACUGCCUGUGUCCCUCAACUGCCGCCUACGUCGUUCCUUUCUACUCAGGCUGCUUUGCCAUGUUCAUCCCAAGUGGCCAGCGUUCACAAGACUAUCAGCUAUCCUCAGGCCCAUGCGAUCUCCAACUCAAUACUACGUAAGCGACUGAAUUCUACUACAAUGGGUAAUUUGAGGAUCCUUACUUCCUCUGAAGUGAAUCACGGCAUUCCCAAAGCACCGCACUUGAAUCCCAUGACCGGCCAACCUGGACAUUUCCCUGCCCCACCGAGUCAUUCUCAGAAUCCCGUCAAUGCCCCAGUUCUAUAUUCAUCAAAUGCGUCAGUGCCGACUGCCAGUCUCAGACCAGAGACAGCUGGAUUGAAAGUGAUGGCUUCAAAAAAGGAAGAAUUUGGAAUAAGUGCACGACAUGACGGCUUCCAGGACUUCACGUUUCCAACCUCAUGCAAUUUCUGUAGUAAGGCUGCUGAGGAGUUGUGCUCCAACUGUAAGUCUGUGGCGUACUGCAAUAGAGUCUGUCAGGUCAACGAUUGAAAAAACGGGCGCAAGAAUGAGUGUCAUCAAUUAUAGUUUCUCUUUCAAUUUGAUCUUUUGUCUUGGGAUUUCAUGAAAUGAGUGUUCUUGUCACCAGCAACUUAAGUUUUCACAAUAUUCUUGAUUCUAUAAAUAGAUAAAUGUUCAACAUCAAGCACUCAACCACUACACUCCUGUAGACUAGGAUCAACGUGGACACAGAGGGGUCAGUAAAAGUAUUGCAAAAUAAGUAUUAAACAGGCAUCCUUAACAAGUCAAUUAAUUACAAUGAUAGCAUUCGUUUCGGAGACAGAAAGUCAUUUUCUUCACGGUGGAAUAAAAUUAGAAGAGUGGGAAGAGGAAAAAG